AUGAAUAAUUAUAAUACCAAAACAACCAUGUUAUUAAAGUUGUCUAUAGUAACACUAAUUGGUAUAUUGGGCACCGAGGCCUUUUUAUUCUGGUCACCUAGUGCACAACAAUUUAACACCAAGUUCAAUCUAUACACCCGGCGUAAUCCAGUGCUUGAGCAAUCAAUCAUUCAUCCCGAUGGCAAAGGUAACCUGACCAAUUUCAAUAACUCCCUGGUCACCAAGUUCGUUAUGCACGGCUGGGAUGCGCCACAGGGUUUAGGCCUGUCAUUGGAAUCCAUUAAGAAUGAGUGGUUAAAUGCCGGCGACUAUAAUGUGUUUAUUGUGGACUGGAGUCAAGGCAACCGUCUAUUAUCGUAUGAUCAGAGUAAAUCUAGAUUAGAUUUGAACAAGGUACAUAUUGUUGGCCAUUCAUUGGGCGCACAUAUUGCGGGUUUAACGGGCAAAGCUUUUAAUGGACGGAUUGGUCGCAUAACUGGUCUUGAUCCAGCUGGACCUGGUUUUAAUGGCAAACCCUCAACAGAAAAACUUAGCCCAUCAGACGCUCAAUUUGUGGACGCCAUACAUACCGAUGCCGUCCCAUUGAUAGGUCUGGGCAUUGCUGAAAACUCAGGACAUGUUGACUUUUACCCGAAUGGAGGCAAUCUACAUCAACCUGGCUGCUAUAUUAACCGGAUCACCGAGGUGGUUGAUAACGGUCUAUCCGCUGCUGUGGCCUGUAAUCACCUCCGGGCGUAUGACUAUUACGUGGCCAGUAUUAACACAAACAACCCGAAAGGUGUGGCCACUCAGUGCUCAAACUUUGUCUCAUAUCUGGCCAAUUGGUGUAAUGUUGAUGCCAUGGAUAAUAACGUGGCACAUGCUAUAAUGGGCGAACAGGCUAUACUAUCUAAACCUUAUGCAAAUAGCACUAUUGGCCAUAAAUAUUACCUGACCACCACCAUAUCUUACCCCUAUUUUCGUGGUUAA